ACGCAGUAAAAAUUUAGAAAGGAAGAACAUUGUCAAAAUGUGUUUGUUAUUUUAUCGAAUGUUAUUCACUGUUUAAAUAAAACAUGAGAUGACGCGAUGUGAAUUUAUUUCAGUGUUAUAUAUGAAUAAACAUUAAUAAUAUUAAUCUUAUAUAAUAACUGGCAGUCAAAACAGAAUAUCCAGUUGGUUUCAACCCUAUUGUGAACCGAUAUUGGUUUCAGCAAAGGAGGGGCGAAAAACAACAUCAAAUAUUUGAUCUAUAAGCACACAGACGCCACCAGUGAUUCCAGAAAUGACAACAUCAGAGACUCCACAAGUGGCUACAAUGGCUGGAAAUUAUGUAUUUAUGAUAUUACUUGCUGUAACAGUGCUUCUAGCUGCCGUUGGGAUAUUCGCUUUAAGCUGGUAUUACAGACGACAGCAAACAAAGAAAACAAACCAGGGGAUCUUGCUCUUCGUUAUGUGCUGUUGUUGCAGACGACGACAGACAAUGACAGCAAACCAAUGGAUCUUGAAUGGUGACGUAGAAAGGCAAACUCAUGACCCCGGGGACGAUAUUGAAAUUCACAGGACAACGUUUCUUUCAGCAUCGUAUGUCAAGCUAAGUCAGAUCUUCCCAGCAAAAGAAAUAAAGAUGUACUUCCGGCAGUUGAAAAUAGAUGAAUGCACCAUUCAACGAAUUGAAACUGAACACCCAGGCAACGUUCGGGAGCAGUGCUACCAGUUGUUUAUGGAAUGGGAGCACAUGCGCACAAACAAAACUAUGAUGUCGCACCUUGAAUGGUCAUUUGAGUUAAUUCGAAAACUUAAACACCACCUUGACGAGCGUUUAACAGAAAUGCCAGAGUGUUUGAAAAAGCAAUGUUAUUCCAUUUUAGACAAACACUCACGAGAAAUAAAGAAAAAGUUUCCCAGAAAAAAAACAAUGUGAUAGGUGAGUAGAAUAUAAUAUUCUCUAUGUUUAAGUUGCCAUAUGUUGUUGAACUGAUUCAAUGUCUGUAUUUACUAUUCCUUUUGCAUUUACAAGUUGUUCAAUGCAACAAGACUAAAUUAUUCGGCCUAUGUGUUAUCUAAGACCAAUUAAUGCAUUUUCUUUAAGAUUGUUGAAACUGUAUUCAUUAUGAUAAUUAUCAUAGCACAUGCAGUAUGGUAAGUUUAUUAAAGAAUGAUAUCACUGCCUUAAUUAAGCUAUAUAUACUUUUCACCGACUGUUUACACGAACACAAAUGUUUCAGGAACUUAAAUUACAUGACAAAGGUAAACAGGGACUUAAACAGAGUAAAUCGGAAGCAUGUGUAAUGCCGGUAAAUAUAUGGCCAUAUAUGAUUCAAAAUGUGUAAUCGACUAAACUUAGUCUCAUGAUUUUCAGCCUUUGUACUGUUGUAACUAGCUAUAUGUGACCUUAAAUAUCCAAUGUAUUUCGCUUGUGUUCAUUGAUUUACGGGCUUUUGUCUUUUAUGUUAUACAGCUGCUAAACUGAUCUCAAAGACGUCGCGUGAUGCCAAAUAUUUUCAAUGUUUAACCUCGAAUAUAUUUGUGUAUCGUGUCGGAAUGUAGCACCAAUGUAAUUAAAACGUACAAAAAAUAAUUGUCCAGAAAAAGAUAUUCAUUUCAGGGCUAAAUUAUCCUAUAUCAUUUGAGGUUGUGAAGUUUUUUGUAACAUGAAUACGUUUAUGAUCUUUAGUGUAUGAUGUUUUCAUAUGUUAUACUGAUAAAAUAAUCUCAAGUAGUCGGAAAUAAUUUCCUAACUACUUAAAUUAUACUUAUUUUAUUGUGUUAAAUAUUUUUGGUGUCAUUUGGUAGAAAAUUUUGUUUCAACCUGUAAAUGGUUCUUUAUGAAACCUGUUGUUUUUGUAUAUAUGUAAAAAAAAAUGUUGAAUUUCCGUCGGUUUGUAAGCGUAAUGAAGUGCGUGACUGUGAGUGAUUGUAUCACGUUUGAAUUUCCAACUUGUAUCGCUCUACUAGAUUAUAAUAAUGCCCGAUAUACAACACAUGCUUGCAGUUUAAGGCAAGGCAUAAAUAAAACAUCAACUUUUAACUGCGGAAAUAUAAUGUAUCGGUCUCGAAUAACAGUAAAUACAUUGGAAAUAUUAAACAUAAACAGGAAUCCAUAAGACUUCAAUGCGCCUGCUCAAUGCAAUAAGUAUUUAAGUUGUAAAAGUAAUUAUCCAGUGUUAUAACAAAGUCCAUAAUAUUUUUGAACUUCAAGCAUGUUUCAAAUUAACACUGAAUUAAGCAAUUUGAACAUCACUUCUCAAUUAAGGAUAAUGCAUGUAAGAUAAUGUAUGAUAAAUUGACAAUAGUAUUUAUAAUGCUUACUUAACAGCUGCAGAUUUGGGUGUAUUGUCAUGAAUUGAUCGCAAUAUCUUCAUCAUUAUCAGUUGUUAAUUAUGAUGAGAUAA